AUGAAUCCUGUUAAUGAAUCUGCCAAUCCUGUUGAAGAAGAAAAGCCAAAAGAAACAACGCCACAGCCUCAGCAAAAUCAAAAUCAAAAUGAAACUCAAAAAACACAAAUCAAAAACAAACUUUGGACUCCAAGUGAUUUUGAAGCAAUCCAUCAAAUGUUAUCGAAGUAUUCCAAAUAA